AUGGGAAUCAGGAAAUGGAAGUUGGCAGGAAGCGGUGGAAUAUGGGUAUUGGAUGAGGAAGGAGAAGGAGAGGAAUGGAUAAUAGAACUAGAGGGGGAAAGAAUGGGAGGAAAAGGGGAGUCGGAGGAGUUAGAAGAAGGAGGAGGUGAAGAGGGAAGGAGAGAGUGGGGAGAAGAAUUAUCCAGGAUGGAGCGCGAGAGGAGAUCAAUAGCAGAGGCAGUCGAAAGAAUUGUGGAGAACAAAGUAAGAAAGAUGUUGAAGAAGAAAAAGAAGAACGAUAGAAAAAAGGACAAGAGGAUAGAGGAGCUGAAGGAGAAAAUAAGGAGAUUGGAGAGAAAGGUAGAAAGAUUGGAGCAAGAUGGAGGCAAAAGAAAGAGAGAGGAUAGCGUGGAGAGUGGGGCGGGAAAGAAGAAAUGGUGGGCAGGGGAGGGCGAAAGGAACGAGGACGAAUUAAGAAAGAGGAACGUGGUUAUAAGGGUCGAGAAAGAGAAAUGA